AUCAUGUGGCCACAGCUCCUUUUUAAAGAUAAGUACUCUUCCCCUAGAGCUCAUUAUACUCUCCUGUCCUGCAUUUCCUUUGGAACCUGUGGAAGACAACUUUCUAGCCUGACAAAAUGUGUGACCACUUCGUGGGAACCUGGAAGCUCCUUUCUAGUGAAAACUUUGAGGACUAUAUGAAAGAACUGGGUGUGGGGUUUGCUACCAGGAAGAUGGCUGGUGUGGCAAAGCCUAAUGUAACUAUCAGCGUCAGCGGUGAUGUGAUAACCAUCAAAACAGAAAGCACCUUCAAAAAUACAGAGGUCUCUUUCAAGCUGGGUGAAGAGUUUGAUGAGACCACAGCAGAUGACAGAAAAACAAAGAAUGUCAUAACCCUAGACAAUGGUGUGCUGAGCCAGGUGCAGAAGUGGGAUGGAAAAGAGACUAUCAUAAAGAGAAAAGUGGUGGAUGGGAAUCUGGUGGUGGAAUGCACCAUGAAUAAUGUUUCCUGCAAAAGAGUUUAUGAAAAAGCAUGAAGAAACCACCUUCACACAGGACUAAUGCUUAAAGCUGGAGUAAAACAACUUAACCAAAGGAGAAAAGCCCCACAAAUCUGUUUUAAAGAGAACUGUACUUUUUUUCAGCUAUAUCCCAAAGCAGUUACACACAUUUAGUCUAAUUUGUUGUGCCUAUUCAAUAAAAGGUUCUGCUUUCUACAA